GAGAGGCGUCUUCUCGUUUAGAUUUAAGUAAAAAACCCUGCAACAUUUCUUAACGCCAAACGAAACCAGGGGGGCCAAAUCCGCGUUAAUGCGAGAAGACACCGAAGUAAAGCCUAGCCGACUGAACCCGCCCCGGUGAGCCAAAAAAAAAAGAAAGAAAGAAAGAAAAAAAAAGAAAAGAAAGGAUAAACGAACACAGAUGUCAGCGGAUUUCUCUAUUGCAAGCAUUUCAAGGCUCCCAUCAGGAAGAUAAGACAUCCGACUGUUUACAUUAUUCAUGCUGCAAGGGAAAAUGUUGGGAAAUAAAUCGCAGCGACUCAUAUGACGUCCCUCUUUUUUCUUUUUUUUCUCCCUUUUUUCUCUUCCCCCUUGCCGUCUCUCCUUUUUUUUAGUAGAUAGGCAUGCAACAUUUAAAUGAAACCCGUAGGUCUCACAGAAAGCCCCUGCUCUCUUCGUGAUCUCUCUCUCUCUUUCUCUCUCUGUGUGUGUCUCUAGUUGUGCAGAACAAUGAGCAUGGGAGCUUAAGUAGCCCAUUAUAGUCAGAUAGAUGUGUAAGUGUCGCAAAUUGACAAUCAAACGCGAAAAGCUUUCAAGGCGAAUCACUUCGGGUUGCAGUGUGGAUAUACGCGGUUCAGGGAUUAUUUUUUGGCACAAAAAGGCAUCUCAUAGGGCGUUAAAAGAUUGAUGUGCAGCCUGCGUUGGAAAAAAGGGGAAACGACCUACGAGCUGGUUGGAAAAAGGGUCCCUGAUUCUGCCCCAGACACCGAGUUUCCAUGGAGGCAGGUUCGUCCCUCAGCCUCAAACGAAGAUAUGAAGAGGUGGACAACAGCUCUCCAUUCUCUACACCUAAGGACUCUGACGAUGACAUCUCCAGCAGUGACAGCGCUGACAGCUGUGACAGCCUCAACCCUCCUUCCAGCACCGCAUUUACCCCCACUUCCAUCCUUAGACAGCACAAGCCGUCACCGGGAGGAAAACGGGUACGUUUCGACGUGGUGACGGUGUAUUACUUCCCCCGGCGGCAGGGCUUCACCAGCGUGCCCAGCCAAGGGGGCAGCUCCCUGGGUAUGGCCCGUCACCACUCCUCCAUCAGACGCUACACGCUGGGCGAGUUCGCCCGCGAACAGGAAACCAGCCACCGCCACACUUUACGCCAGCACCUGCGACAAGAAAAGCUCAAUGCCCGCAAGAUGAAGCUGACAAGAAACGGCACCGUGGAGUGCGCUCAGGCAGACCUGCUGACUCUGGAGGACGUAUCAGAUGAGGACCUCGAUGUGGACGGGGUGGAGGUGGACGAUUGUUUCUUCCUCCAGCCGCUGCCCACUAAACGCCGCCGAGCCCUCCUGCGAGCCUCUGGCAUCGCCCGCAUAGACGCGCGGGAGAAAGCCGAGCUCAGAGCCAUCCGCCUCUCGCGGGAGGAAUGUGGCUGCGACUGCCGUUUGUACUGUGACCCUCGCCACUGUGGCUGCAGCCAGGCUGGCAUUAAGUGCCAGGUGGAUCGAAUGUCUUUCCCAUGUGGCUGCUCGAGAGACGGCUGUGGAAACAUGGCGGGCCGCAUCGAGUUCAACCCCCUCCGUGUCAGAACUCACUACCUGCACACCAUCAUGAAGCUGGACCUGGAGAAGAGAAGGAUGCUGAUACAAGUCACUGGCCUGGACUCUGAGCUGGAGGAGAGCGAGGUGCAGACGGUCAUGGAGGUCCAGGAUCUCCUGGCAGAGCAGGACAUACUGGAGCGAGAGAACGAGACAGCUGUGUUGCACCUGCAGAGUGCCGAGGAGCAGGAGAGAAGGGAGAGGGAGGAGGCCGAAGGGGAAGCGGUGCAGCAGGAGCUGGGCACUGGAGGCCUCACGGAGCAGCCUCUCUGCCUUCUGCCUGCUGCUUUGGGAGGGGAGCUGCCCGAGCAGGCGGAGGUGCCAGGUGUAGAUCAGGUGCUCCUGCAGGGGCCGUUCCCCACAGGGGCCACAGUGCUCUGCAUCACUGACAACCAGGAGGAGAGCCCCUCUGACCUCCUUAAAGACUCCUCUUCUCUGCUCUACUACCAGCUCAGUCCCAUAGAGCCUGUAGCCUUUGAAACCCUGCCCAGAGCAGUGGAGGUGGAACAGGAGGAGCGCUUGGCGAAAGAACAAGAUGCGAGUGGAGGAGGAGGCGAGUGUGUGGAGAGCAAACUAGAAAGAGGAGAGAAGUUGAAGGAUGAAAGUCCUGAAGAGGUCAACUGCAAGCAGAGUUUGGGCAAGUCUUUGACCAAUGUGAUUCUGCGCUCAGAGGGACGUGAGGAAGUAGUGGAGGAGAAGCCCUCGAGUCUGCAGCAGAGCCUCCCCGAAGAGCAGUGCCGUGUGGAGUCCUGCUUGGAGGGAGAAGGUGAUCCACUGCCUUCUGAAGUUUAGUACUAGCAACUCUGCAGAUAUUUUGCACAAUAGCUUCAUCUAAGAUGAAUAAAUUACACAUUUCACAUUUAUUACUGCUAUCAUCAAGAAUGAUUACAGGUUGCAAUCUCUAAUAGUGACUGUCAUUGAGUUAAACGGAGAAUGAAUAUUACAAUACAUGAGGGAGGGGGGAUGCUGAAAGCACAUGGAGAUCACUCCCCAGAAGUAAAAUGGAUGCAGUUACAGGGCAACGUUGUAUGUUAUUCUGUCGGGGGUGAUGAACGCGGCCUUAAUGGAAAAAAUAAAACACUCGUGUGUAGGAGUCAUUUGUCAACGAGAACGUACAGCUUUGUUAAUUUCCAACGCAGCAAACAGAAAACACAGUGUGUGAAUGCUGACAUAAGCCUUUAGUUUGGUGAUGUAUAAAGCUAUCAACACUAAACACAAAUUGUUUUGCAGUGCGCAAGAAGCUGAAGUAGUUAGAUACUUACUGGCUCACUUUCCAUUACAGCCAACUUGUGUGCUGUAGUCAAGCCAAAUGAAGGCCUCUGAUAGUAUCCUCUGCUGAAAAUAGACCUAAUAAUCCUGGAAAUACUUGUUUUUGUGUACUGUAUAUGCAUUUACAAUGUGCAACACAGAGCCGAGGUUGCUGCUUUUUUGAUCUGUAUGCACAUUGUGAACAGAGGGCAGCGAGUGUUGUGGCUCUGCUGCAGUGAGACAUGAAGGUAAACCCAAACAGAGCAGCGGACGAGCACUGGCCUUAGCUGAUGCAGUCGAUUUGUCAGAAAGAAAAAAAAAAACCUAGUUUACCUGUUAUAGUUGCAAUGCCUAUGAUAUUACUUAUUAUUUCUUUUGAGUAACGUGUCUUUUGUGAAUUAGAUACUGUUGGUUUUGAGCAAGCUGAGGUCCUCGCAGUCUUUGCUUUUAUUAUUAUUUUUUGAGUGAAAGGAAAGGUGAUUACUUUAAUUCCUCUAGACUGUAACACCAUGUAGUCAGUCAUGUCAUGUUACGGUGAAAUGCCAGAAUAGAUCUUUCCUUCGUCUUCACCUCUUUUAAUGAGUUGUGCUGAAAGGGAAGAGCUCAUUCUGAACCAAGUCAAAUUCCUUAUGAAGACAAUAGCAUUUAAAGAGUCAAAGAAAAUCGUGAAAGUAGUUCUACGAAAUGAUGUGACGUAACUAAUUUAUGGAGCAGAUUGACAACACCCUGAAUUUGUAUAUUUUUUGUUCAAUCUGUACGUGUGUGUGCGAGUGUGUGUGUGUGUGUGUGCAAGUGUGUGUAUGUGUGUAUGUGUGAGUGUGAGUGAGUGCGCGCGCCUGUAUGAAAGAGAAAGAUGUGUAUGCAUCUGUGUGUGCAUGUACAUG